AAUCUUUACGUAAGGACCCAAAAUUAAAAAUUUACAGUAUCUAUCUAGAGAGAGAGAGAAAAGUCUAAAAGCUCGGUACUUUACUCUAUGGUAAGAGCAUAAUUGAUCAUUAUCAAUGGAGACGUUUUUGGUAUGAAUCAGCAGAACGUUGUAGCCAUGGAAAUUGCUUCUUGUUCGAUUGUUAACAAUCUUCAACUUUCUUGUACAACCAAGACUUCUCUUUUCAAUCGAUAUCUGAGCGAGCGAGCCUCACACGACACUGGAAGACGCAAUUUCUUGUCUUUUUCCAAUUUCCCAGGAAAACCCCAAAUUCUCGGAACAUGCUUGCGAUUGCAGAGAUACUCUUCGGUUUGCUUAUCAGCGAGCCGAGAAGACGCAAACCCAUCUGAAGAAUUCGGCGUGAUACUUGAAGUUGAUGGGGUUAUGAUUGAUACAUGGUCCAGUAAUCGCCAAGCUUUCAAUCUAGCUUUUCAAAAGCUUGGGCUUGAUUGUGCAAAUUGGCCUGAACCAGUUUAUUCAGACCUCUUGAGAAAGGGUGCUGCUGAUGAAGAGAAAAUGUUGCUUUUGUAUUUUAACCAAAUUGGUUGGCCUUCGUCGUUGCCAACCAGUGAGAAAGCCAGUUUUGUAAAAAGUGUUUUGCGAGAAAAGAAAAAUGCAAUGGAUGAGUUUCUAAUGUCGAAAAGUUUACCUCUGAAAUCUGGAGUCCAAGAGUUUAUCCAUAAUGCAUCCACGGAGAGAGUACCUGUUGGUAUCGUAACAGCCUACUGCAAGAGUGGUGACAAAGUAGCCCUAUCCAUUGUCGAGAUGCUUGGCCAAGAAAGACUUCCAAAUGUGAAGGUUAUUGGAGACAAUGAGGUCGAACAGAGUAUGUAUGGACAACUUGUUCUUGGCAAAGGAGUUUCUUCAAGUCUAGAGGAGCAACUAGUGAAGGAAGUAAAAAAAGCAGCGUCUGCUGAGAAACAGAGGAUAGCAGAAGAAGUUGCAUCGAUGCUAAAGCUAAGUGUUGAUAUUGACACAACCUCAUCUGAGAGAUUGGAAAAAAUUGUUGUUGCAUUGCGUGCUGCUGCGGAACACAUAGGAUUACCCGUAAAAAACUGUAUACUUGUUGCUGGUAGCCAACCUGGAGUUUCUGCUGCAAAGAUGAUAGGCAUGCCGUGUGUAGUCAUGCGAAGCAGUUUAACUGCAAGAGGUGAGUUUCCGUCAGCAAAAGGCGUAAUGGAUGGGUUUGGAGGUGCAGACCUAACAAUCCCUAAACUUAGGAACAAAUUUAAGUCUUGAAGAAACCAUUCAAGAAAGUUGUCUAAAGUUCAGAAUCUGGAAAAUACUGUCGAGUUUAUGCUCACUUCUCGAAGAUUUUGUGAAGUUUUCGACUUGAUAUAUAUAUAUAUAACUACAUGUUUGUACAACUUGAUUCUUUGUAAUGUAUUGGACUACUGGCGCGAUUAAUUUUCCGACAUCAUCUUUUCCAACAUCGAAAUUACAUAUUCUUCACGGUUAA